AUGACCUCACAAGCUUCACAUGUCUCCGUUGGAGCACUCAGUGCAAUCUUCGAUGGCACAAAGCCGCAGAUCCCGGAACCCAUCGUCCAAUGUGUCCAAGUCAAGCCGCUGCCACCUCAAGCAAACAACCAGGAACGAUACAGGGUUGUUUUUAGCGACAUCUCAAAUUAUGUGCAGACAAUGCUUGCUAUCCAGGCAAACCAUUUUGUAACAGAUGGCCUACUUCGUAAAGGAUGCUUUGUGCGGCUCAAACAGUUUCAAGCAAACUCUGUCAAAGGAAAAAAGAUCCUUAUUAUUCUUGACCUCGAGGUUCUCAAAGAGUUAGGCGAAGCGGAGAAAAUCGGCGAUCCAAAGCCAUUGGAGAACAAACUGGAAGAGGACGAGAAGCCGCAACCUACGACAAUUUCUAGCAAUGGGUUCUAUGGGGCCAAGGCUCAAAAUGCACCGUCGCGAGCCAGCUCCCGACCCCAGCAUGUGCGCCCUAUACAGGGGUCUGCACCUGCCACUAUAUAUCCCAUAGAGGCAAUCUCUCCGUAUGCUCACAAAUGGACGAUCAAAGCCCGCUGCACCAGCAAAUCUCCCAUUAAGACCUUCCAUGGAAGAAACGGGGAAGGCUCGCUGUUCAGUGUCAAUUUGCUGGACGAUAGCGGCGAAAUCCGCGCUACCGGAUUUAAUGAGCAGUGCUCUGCGCUGUAUGAGCUCUUCCAAGAAGGGGAUGUCUAUUACAUAUCCAGUCCAUGUCGCGUCCAAAUCGCCAAAAAACAGUUCACAAACCUCAACAACGACUAUGAGCUUACCUUUGAGAGGGAUACAGUAGUUGAAAAGGCAGAAGAGCAGAAUGACGUACCGCAGAUGCGUUUCAAUUUCACGACUAUCGGAGACCUUCAGACUGUUGAAAAAGACACGACGAUCGAUGUUAUAGGAGUAUUGAAAGACGUCGGAGAGACCACUCAGAUCGUGUCAAAAACGACAAAGAAACCUUACGAUAAGCGUGAAUUGACUUUGGUCGAUAAUACUGGGUUCUCGGUGCGAUUGACUAUUUGGGGCAAUACAGCUAUGAAUUUCGGCGCCACUCCUGAGUCUGUUGUAGCUUUCAAGGGAGUCAAAGUUUCUGACUUUGGCGGCAAGAGUUUGAGUCUACUCAGCUCUGGUUCUGUGACCGUGGACCCCGAUAUCGAAGAAGCUCAUAGACUCAAGGGCUGGUACGACGCACAGGGCCGGGAUGAGAACUUUGUCUCUCAUGCCUCAUCAGCCGGAACGAUGUCCGCCACGAGACGUGAUCAGUUCAAAACCAUUGCCCAGGUUCGAGAGGAGCAGCUGGGCAUGUCGGAAGAGCCUGCCUAUUUCACACUGAGAGCAACAGUCGUAUACAUAAAGCAGGACAAUAUGUGCUACCCCGCGUGCCUCUCGGAAGGCUGUAACAAGAAGGUCACAGAACUGGAUCCCGGCCAGUGGCGCUGCGAGCGUUGCGAUAAAACUCACCCCAGAGCAGAGUAUCGGUACAUUAUGCUUAUUAACGUUAGCGACCAUACUGGACAGCUCUAUCUCAACUGUUUCGAUGACGUUGGCCGGUUGUUGAUGGGCACAAAUGCGGAUCAGCUCAUGGAAUUGCAACAGAACGAAGACAAAGCAAUCAGUGACAUCAUCCAGAAUGCCAAUUGCCGCACCUGGAACUUUGGAUGCAGAGCAAAAAUAGAUCACUUUGGAGAUCAGCAACGUAUUCGAUACCAAGUGUCCUAUGCGAAACCUGUCAGUUACUCUGAAGAGGCAUCACGCCUGGCAGACAUAAUUGACAGCUACAACAUCUAG